GGUGUAGGUGGGUGAAGAAGGAGCGGGCCCUCGCCGCUCUGUCUCGCUCCCUCGCGCUCUCUCGAGCAACAUGGCGGGCGUAGAGGAGGCAGCGGCCUCCGGGAGCCACCUGAAUGGCGACUUGGAUCCAGACGACAGGGAGGAGGGAGCUGCCUCUACGGCGGAAGAAGCAGCCAAGAAAAAAAGACGAAAGAAGAAGAAGAGUAAAGGGGCUACCGCAGCAGGGCAACAGGAACCUGAUAAAGAAUCAGGAACCUCAGUGGAUGAGGUAGCAAGACAGUUGGAAAAACAAGCAUUGGAAGAGAAAGAAAGAGAUGAUGAUGAUGAAGAUGGAGAUGGAGAUGGUGAUGGAGCAACUGGAAAGAAGAAGAAAAAGAAGAAGAAGAAGAGAGGACCAAGAGUUCAAACAGACCCUCCCUCAGUACCGAUAUGUGACCUGUAUCCUAAUGGAGUAUUUCCCAAAGGACAAGAGUGUGAAUACCCACCCACUCAAGAUGGGCGAACAGCUGCUUGGAGAACUACAAGUGAAGAAAAGAAAGCAUUAGAUCAAGCUAGUGAAGAGAUUUGGAAUGAUUUUCGAGAAGCUGCAGAAGCACAUCGACAAGUUAGAAAAUAUGUUAUGAGCUGGAUCAAGCCUGGGAUGACAAUGAUAGAAAUCUGUGAAAAGUUGGAAGACUGUUCACGCAAGCUAAUAAAAGAGAAUGGACUAAACGCAGGCCUGGCCUUUCCUACUGGGUGUUCUCUUAAUAAUUGUGCUGCCCAUUAUACUCCCAAUGCUGGUGACACAACAGUAUUGCAGUAUGAUGACAUCUGUAAGAUAGACUUUGGAACACAUAUAAGUGGUAGGAUUAUUGACUGUGCUUUUACUGUCACUUUUAAUCCCAAAUAUGAUGCAUUAUUAAAAGCUGUAAAAGAUGCCACUAAUACUGGAAUAAAGUGUGCUGGAAUUGAUGUUCGUCUAUGUGAUGUUGGUGAGGCCAUCCAAGAAGUUAUGGAAUCCUAUGAAGUUGAAAUAGAUGGGAAGACAUAUCAAGUGAAGCCAAUCCGUAAUCUGAAUGGACAUUCAAUUGGGCCAUAUAGAAUACAUGCUGGGAAGACGGUGCCCAUUGUGAAAGGAGGGGAGGCAACAAGAAUGGAGGAAGGAGAAGUGUAUGCCAUUGAGACCUUUGGUAGUACGGGAAAAGGUGUUGUGCAUGAUGAUAUGGAGUGUUCACAUUACAUGAAAAAUUUUGAUGUUGGACAUGUGCCAAUAAGGCUUCCAAGAACAAAACACUUACUAAAUGUCAUCAAUGAAAACUUCGGCACCCUUGCCUUCUGCCGGAGAUGGCUGGAUCGUUUGGGAGAAAGCAAAUAUUUGAUGGCUCUGAAGAAUCUGUGUGACUUGGGCAUUGUAGAUCCAUAUCCACCAUUAUGUGACAUUAAAGGAUCAUACACAGCGCAGUUUGAACAUACCAUACUGUUGCGUCCGACUUGUAAAGAAGUUGUCAGCAGAGGAGAUGACUAUUAAACUUAGUCCAAAGCCACCUCAACAUCUUUUAUUUUCUAAGCUUUGUUGGAAUACAUUAUACCAGAAUUAAUUUGCAACAUGUUGUCUGUUUUAACAGUGGACCUGUGUAAUACUUUUAUCCAUGUUUAAAGGAAUUUGAUCAAAGGCAAACUGUCUAAUGUAAUUAACCAAGGAAAAAGCUUUCAGGACUUUACAAUGUUAACUGUCGUGUCCCCCCCCCCCCAGUCUAGGAAAUGCUAUAAAGCUCAAAUUAGUUAGGACUGACUUAUACAUUUUGUUUUGAACACCUAAGAGAUGCUUUUUGGAUAUUUAUAUUGCCAUAUUCUUACUUGAAUGCUUUGAAUGACUACAUCCAAUUCUGCACCUAUGCCCUCUGGUAUUGCUUUUUAACCUUCCUGGAAUCCAUUUUCUAAAAAAUAAAGACAUUUUCAGAUCUGAGAGCUACAUUUCAAUGUCUGUGGUUAUAAUUUGAACAGGAAGUAGCUAAAACUUUCAAGGCAUUUUAUCUGGACUAUAGAUACUACAUCGAGAGGUUCUGACAUAGUGGCUAAAAUAAGAUCUUCAUGUGCAUUAAAUGGAACAAUAAUCUUUUCAUUCACUGGUAUACAGUUUUAUAAGAUUUUACUUCUUAUAGAACCAGAUUAGUACCUCUCAUUUUUUUCUGAUGUUGGAAAAAUGUACUAAUUGAAACAUGACUAAGUAGGAACAUUUCACCAACUUGAGAAUCAUUGAUUUAGUGAAAAAAAUCUACAAACAUUUCAUUCUUUUGUUUAGUGGUAGUUAUCAGGAGGUGUUUUCAGCUUGUAUGAAAAGGGUAUUAAAGCUACAAAAGCAAAGGAAAAACUCCCAUGUUCAGAUCUUGUUCUAGUUAGAAAGGUGAAACUGAAAUUAGAGUUUUUCAUUAGUGAAUCAAAUGCUAUUAACACUCUGUUCCUUAGCUGAUUUGGAUUCUUAGUAUCGAGAUUGGCCAUUUCAGGAAAUGAGGUUACCAGUACCCUUCUUACAGCAGCUAAAUGCGUUAAGUUGAAUGUAAGGAUGCAUAACAUUUACUUGUUUGAACUGGACCCCACUACUGAUUCCUUAAUUGCUUGAAUUCUUCUAUGUGAUUUGUUCCAGCAUAAUUUCAAUAUUGUUAUGUGCCAAGGUAAAGCCUUAAUUUGUAUAUGCUUUUAGCACAAUGAGAUUUUAUUGCCUCUGGGAUGCUUGUUUAGUUUGUAUUUUGUUUACCUUUUUCUCUUAAGGAGGAAGCUAUGACUUAUGUACUUAAGAUUGUUACAUUGAAAAGCUGCUUUCAGCAUUAGAGCUAUAAAUGAAUGUUAUCUUUUGAGAAAAAUAAUCUAGUUUUUAGCUGUAAAAGCUAUGUUUAUUAUGGUGCUAAUGUAAUAGCUACCUUUGAAUAAUUUCUUCAUUUUCUGUGAUGCUGUUCAAGCAGCAGAGCUCACCAGUUUUGUGUGGACACAUUGUAGGGCUUGAGCCCUCCAGCUAGCUCCUUUGGGGUUUUGAAUCCAUAUGUUUAUAUGCUUUGGUGGGAAAUACAAAACAAGUAUUUUGAUUUCUAAACCCAGGAUUUUAAAAACUGAUCCAAGGAAGAAUUUCGGAGCUGAGAGACCUUUUUAGCAGUAGUGAUCUAUAACCUAUAUAUGCUCCAUGCUCCUUUCCCAAAUAACUAGUGGGAGCUGCCCCUGGAAUGGAUUCGAUCUUGUAAAUAGGAAAGCUGUCACUUAAAAAAAAUUGUAUAUGUUUGCCUACUAGCCAUGUAUCUCUUAAUCAUUUUGUUAUGUGUACAAUGAUGUACCUUAUUGGUAAAAUAAUUAGUUUGAUGUUUAACAAUAGUGCCUUUAGUAAAUUAUUUUACAACCAAA